UGUUAGCAUAAUAUAUCAUAUAAUACUAGAGAGAAAUCUUGCUUAAUCACUAGAUUUAGCAAUGGCGCCUACUUUAGCUGUUGAAACAUCACCCGCUAAGGCCAAAGCAAAGUCCUCCGCCAGGACCGCCACCACGAACAGCAUCAUCGUUAGGGAGCCAGAAUGGGCCGAGCUCCUCGGAUCCAACAAGUGGGCCGGCCUGUUGGACCCGCUGAACUUCUUCCUCCGAAAGUGGCUCCUCCUUUGGGGUGACAUGGCCGAGGUAACCUAUGAUGCCUUCAACAAAGACACAAAUUCCAAAGACUACGGCUCUUGCCUCUACAGCAAGGAAGACCUCCUCACCAAAACCCACUUCCCCUCCCCUUCCGACUACAAAGUGGUCGACUUUCUGUACGCCACUGCAAAGCCGGAGGGACUGCUGUGGCUCGUCAAGCCCGGCGCCAACUUCCAAGGCUACAUCGCUGUCUCCUCUGACGAUUACGCCAAACAAACCGGACGCCGAGAAAUCUAUGUGGCUUGGCGGGGCACCGAAACCUUGUCCGAGGCGAUCAAUGAUCUCAACUUCAAACAGACCUCCGUCAAGCCCUUGUUUUCUGCACCGCCUGAAUUGUCGCCUUUCAUUACGCUGUUCAGCCUGUACUCUUUGACGGAUUGGCUGCCUGACUGGCUCAUAUUCAAGCUCAAACAGCUCGUUAAGCAGUACAAGGACGAAGAGCUGAGCAUAGUCUGCGUGGGACAUAGCUUGGGAGGUGCGCUAGCGGUGCUCAGCGCAUUUGACAUAGUGCUGCAAGGAGUGUCGAAAAAUAGUAAUAACGAUGACUAUUUCCCGGUGACAGCCGUGCUGUUCGCGUGUCCGAGGAUCGGGAACAAGGCAUUCCGCGAGCUACUCGAGAAACAGCCGAAACUCAACGUAAUUCACGUCAUGAACGAGGGGGAUAUCGUGCCAUCGCUGCCGCCUAAGUAUAUACCGUUCUACGGGGAUUACGUGGAUAUCGGGUCGACGUUAGAGCUGGACUGGAAGAAAUCUCCGAAUGUCAUCAAGAACCCCAGCUACCUGCAGCUGCAUAGCCUGCAAUUGAUAUUGCACUUGUUGGCGGGAUGGAACGGGGAAAGAGGAGAGUUUGAGAUGGUUGUGAAAAGGAGCAUCACGCUGCUGAACAAGACGUGCGGGUUUGUGAAGCCAGAGUACGGAGUUCCGGCGAACUGGUCGACGGAGAACGAUAAGGGGAAGGUGAUGAAUGAAGAUGGAGUGGGUAUAUCGUAUGUACUUAAGCUAGCUCCUUUAUGUGUACUAGAAAAAAAUAACGAGUAA